AUGGGGUGGCUCUUGUGUUACCUAGUAACACUGCUUUUAUCUCAUAUCCUGUCAUUAUGUACCUGCCAAGACAAAUUAGUACCAGGACAGUGUAUCACUGGUAAUCAAACUUUGGUUUCUUCCCUUGGGACAUUUUCAUUAGGCUUCUUCAAUCCUGAGAAUUCUACCAAAUACUUCCUUGGUAUACGAUUCAACACUUCCCCAGAUACUGCAUUGGUAUGGAUUGCUAACAGAGAAUCUCCGCUCGAUGCUCCGGGUUUCUUUAUGCUCAGCAGAGAUGGAAACCUUGUGGUGUUGGAUGAUAAUAGAAACCUUGUGAAGAGCUUCGAUUACCCCUCUGAUACUAUGUUGCCCGGCAUGAAGAUUACCUUGAAUAAAACGACUGGCCAACAAAGGCGCCUUACAUCUUGGGCAGCGCUUUAUGAUCCACACCCCGGAAAGUUCACCUUCGGCAUUGAUCCUAAAGUACCACUUCAGCUCUUUAUCUGGAAGGAAACUUCUCCGUAUUAUAGAAGUUCUGUGUUCGUUGGCAAUUUUCCUGAUAUAGGUGGAUCGCCAUUUUUCGUUUCUUACAACUUGGAUAUUGAUGAGGCUUAUGUUGUUUACAGUGUCUCAGAUAGCUCAGUAAAACUGAGGGUCUGGUUGAGUCCUGCAGGGCAAUUUAAACAGCUGCUGUGGCAGGAUUCUAGUAAAACGUGGUUGGAAAUGGGGAGUUCACCUGGUGAUAACUGUGAUUUUUAUGCUUAUUGCGGUCCCAAUAGCGCCUGUCGUAGAGGUGAUUCCCUGUCGUCAUCACCAUGCAAGUGUUUGACUGGUUUUAAAGCCAAGUUUCCGAAACAAUCGGCGGUGGGAGAUUGGUCCGGUGGCUGCGUUAGAGAAAAGGCGUUGACAUGUGGUAACGGCAUUCAAGGCAACCUUUCAAAGCUUGAAAACGUGAAACUGCCGGAUCAUUCUGUUUUAUUACAGAAUAAGACUCUGAGUGAGUGUGUCUCUGAAUGUCGGAAGAACUGUUCUUGCAGGGCUUAUGCCUAUGUAAAUGGGACAGAUGGAAGCAAAAAUGGUCAUUCUGCUAAUUCCUUGAACCGGACCCUUGUGAUUGCAGUAGUCUCUGCAGCAGUUGGAUUGCUUGCAAUAACUUUUGGCUAUUUCUUAUGGAAGAACAAAUUGGGGAGGAUAGCAAUAAGAGCGAGUGAGAAUAUAAGUAAGGUUGGUGCAGCAGGUGGGAAGAAUGAUACAGAACUACCACUCUUCAGUUUAAGGAGUAUAUUAGCUGCUACAAACAACUUUUCUGAAGAUAAUAAACUUGGAGAGGGAGGAUUUGGCCCUGUUUAUAAGGGAAUUAUGCUGGAAAAUCAAGAAGUGGCCGUAAAGAGGCUAUCAAAGAAGUCUGGGCAAGGGCAUCAUGAGUUCAUGAAUGAGUUGAAACUUAUAGCCAAACUCCAGCAUACCAAUCUUGCUCGUCUCUUGGGAUGCUGUAUGGAUGAAGAUGAACUCAUAUUGGUCUAUGAAUACAUGCCUAAUCGAAGUUUGGACAAAUAUUUGUUUGAUCCCUUUGAAAAGACAAAAUUGGACUGGGAUACUCGCUUUCGAAUUAUACAAGGCAUUGCUCAAGGAGUACUAUAUAUCCACAAAUACUCUAGAUUGAAAAUCAUCCACAGAGAUCUAAAAGCAAGUAAUGUUCUGUUGGAUGGAGCAAUGAAUCCCAAAGUGUCUGACUUUGGAAUGGCGAGGAUUUUUGAUACAAAUCAAAUUGAAGCAAACACCAACAAGGUUGUUGGAACAUACGGCUACAUGUCACCUGAAUAUGCACUAUAUGGUCAUUUUUCUGAGAAAUUGGAUGUAUUUAGUUUCAGAGUAUUGUUGUUAGAGAUUGUGAGUGGAAAGAAGAAUGUUUUGUUUUAUUAUUGUGAAAAUUCAGUAACGCUUGCUCAUUGGAUAUGGGAAUUAUGGAAAGAAGGUAGAGGAAUGGAGGUAAUUGACACAUCAGUGAGGGAAACAUGCCGGAUUCAUGAAGCUUUGAGGUGCAUCCAUGUCGGGCUUUUGUGUGUUCAAGAAGCUCCAGUUGAUCGACCAACAAUGUCAUUAGUGAUUCAUAUGCUGGAGGCUGAAGAAGCUACAUCACUCCCGCCCUCCAAAGAACCUGCUUUCUCGACAAGUAGGAUUUCAAACAAAAUAGUACCAGGACAGAACAUUACCGGGAACCAUACUUUGGAAUCUUGCCUUGGGAACUUUUCAUUAGGCUUCUUCAAUCCUGAAAAUUCAACCAAAUACUUCCUUGGUAUACGAUUCAACACAUACCCAAAAACUGCACUAGUAUGGAUUGCUAACAGAGAAUCUCCGCUUGACUCUCCAGGUUUGUUUAUGCUCAACAGCGAUGGAAACCUUGUGGUGUUGGAUGAUACUAGAAACCUUAUUGUCUGGUCAACUAAUGCUUCAAUAUCUGCUUCUGCAAUGAAUCACACAACUGGACUACUAGAGGAUUCCGGAAACCUUGUUCUGAGCUUUGGAGAAGUCACUCUUUGGCAGAGCUUCGAUCAUCCCUCUGAUACUUGGUUGCCAGACAUGAAGCUUAGCUUGAACAAAAAGACUGGCCAACGAAGGCGCCUUACAUCCUGGGCAGCGCUUGAUGAUCCACAACCCGGAAAAUUCACGCUCGGCAUUGAUCCUCAAGUACCACUUCAGGCCUUUAUCUGGAAGGAAACUCUUCCGUAUAGUAGAAGUACUGUGUACGUUGGCAAGGAUACAAGAACAGAGUAUCCAGAUGUAGGUGGAUCAGCGCUUCUCCUUUCUUACGACUUUGAUGCUGAUGAGGUUUAUAUUGUUGUAACGGUCUCGGAUAGGUCAGUUAAAUUCAGGACGUGGAUGAGUGCUGCAGGGCAACUUCAACAGCUGCUGUGGCAGGAUUCUACAAAAACGUGGUUGGAACUGGGGAAUCCUGUUCAUAACUGUUAUUUUUAUGCUCAUUGUGGUCCCAAUAGUGUCUGUCGUAACGAUGAAUCCCUGUCGUCAUCACCAUGCAAGUGUUUGACAGGGUUUAAAGCCAAGUUUCCAAACCAAUUGGCGGUGGGGGAUUGGUCCGGUGGCUGUGUUAGGGAAAAGGUGUUUACAUGUAGUAACGACAUACAAGGCAACUUUUCGAAGCUUGAAAACGUGAAACUGCCGGAUUAUACUGUUCUGUUAAACAAUAAGAGUAUGAGCGAGUGUAAGUCUGAAUGUCAGCAGAACUGUUCUUGCACAGCUUAUGCUUAUGUAAAUGGAACGGAUGAAAGUACUGGGAAAUGUUUGGCAUGGUUUGGCGACUUACUGGAUAUAGUAGAGAAUCUCCAUGUUGAUGCACAUGAUGUCUAUAUUCGUGUUUACGGUUCUGAAUCAGGCAAAAAUGAUCAUUCUGCUAAUUCCUUGAAGCGGACCCUUGUAAUUGCAAUAGUCUCUGCAGCAGUUGGACUUCUUACAAUAACUUUUGGCUAUUUCUUAUGGAAGAACAAACUGGGGAGGAUAGCUAGAAGAGUGAGUGAGAAUAUAAGUAAGGUUCGUGCAGGAGGUGGGAAGAAUGAUACAGAACUACCACUCUUCAGUUUGAGGAGUAUAUUAGCUGCUACAAACAACUUCUCUGAAGGAAAUAAACUUGGAGAGGGAGGAUUUGGCCCUGUUUAUAAGGGAAUUUUGGCGGAAAAUAAAGAAGUGGCCGUAAAGAGGUUAUCAAAGAAGUCCGGGCAAGGACAUCAUGAGUUCAUGAAUGAGUUGGAGCUUAUAGCCAAACUCCAGCACACCAACCUUGCUCGGCUCCUGGGUUACUGUACGGAAGAAGAUGAACUGAUAUUGAUCUACGAGUACUUGCCUAAUCGAAGUUUGGACAAAUUUCUGUUUGAUCAUUUUGAAAAGACAAAGUUGGACUGGGCUACACGCUUUCAGAUUAUAAAAGGCAUUGCUCAAGGAGUACUAUAUAUCCACAAAUACUCUAGGUUGAAAAUCAUACAUAGAGAUCUAAAAGCAAGUAAUGUUCUGUUGGAUGGAACAAUGAAUCCCAAAGUGUCUGACUUUGGAAUGGCAAGGAUUUUUGAUAUAAAUCAAAUUGAAGCAAGUACCAACAAGGUUGUUGGGACAUACGGUUACAUGUCACCAGAAUAUGCCUUGUAUGGUCAUUUCUCUGAGAAAUUGGAUGUAUAUAGUUUCGGGAUAUUGUUGUUAGAGAUUGUAAGUGGAAAUAAGAAUGCUUCCUUUUAUCAUUGUGAAAAUUCACAAACGCUUGCUCAAUGGAUAUGGGAAUUAUGGAAAGAAGGUAGAGGAAUGGAGGUAAUUGACGCAUCAGUAAGGGAGACUUGCCGGAUUCAUGAAGCUUUGAGGUGCAUCCAUGUCGGGCUUUUGUGUGUUCAAGAAGCUCCAGCUGAUCGACCAACAAUGUCAUCGGUGAUUCAUAUGCUAGAGGUUAAUGAAGCUACAUCACUUCCUCCCUCAAAAGAACCUGCUUUUUCAACAAGUUUUAAUUCAAGUUCUGUUACCCCUUAUUCUGAAAAUAUAGUCACUAUUACUUUGCCAGAACCUCGAUAGAGCUUCAAUAUUAGUGUUAGCUUUCAAAGUCGGAUCAUUAAGAAAAAGGAACAAAAAAGGGUGUUAUAUAUUGAUAUGUUGAUACUAGUUGCAGUUUCAUUGGGGUUUUGUAAUCCUUAUUAUCUCUACCCCGGAAUGUGAUGAUGAACUAUGCUCGAUA